GGCACCCGGCCGACCGCCAGAGCCCCGCGCUCAGGCUCGCCUGCCAUGGGGCGGCGGUGGCCGGCGCUGCGGCCGCUGACGGCGCCGCUGCUGCUGCUGCUGCUGCCGCGGGCGCUUCCCGGGGCGCACUGCCCGGAGCCCUGCAGCUGCCCGCCCGACGGCGCCCUGCGCUGCCCGGGCCCGCGCGCCGGCCUCACCCUACUAUCACUCACCUAUCUCCCUAUCAGACUAAUCCCACCUCAAGCUUUCAGAGGACUUAAUGAGGUCAUAAAAAUUGAAAUCUCUCAAAGUGAUUCUCUGGAAAAGAUAGAAGCUAAUGCCUUUGACAACCUCCUCAAUUUGUCUGAAAUACUGAUCCAGAACACCAAAAACCUGGUGUACAUCGAGCCUGGAGCAUUUAGAAAUCUUCCCCGGUUAAAAUACCUGAGCAUCUGUAACACAGGCAUCCGAAAGCUUCCAGAUGUUACAAAGAUCUUCUCCUCUGAAUUUAAUUUCAUUCUGGAAAUUUGUGAUAACUUACACAUAACCACCAUACCAGGAAAUGCUUUUCAAGGGAUGAAUAACGAAUCCAUAACACUCAAACUAUAUGGAAAUGGGUUUGAAGAAAUACAAAGUCAUGCCUUCAACGGGACGACGCUGAUUUCCCUAGUGGCUCCUUCACUAAACCUCCUGGGUUGCAGCCUUUGGAACCAUAGCAGGGAGCUCAAGGAAAAUGCCCACCUGGAGAAGAUGCACAAUGGAGCCUUCCGGGGGGCCACGGGACCUAGCAUCUUGGAUAUUUCUUCUACCAAAUUACAAGCCUUGCCUAGCUAUGGGCUGGAGUCCAUCCAGACACUCAUUGCCACAUCAUCCUAUUCUCUGAAAAAACUGCCAUCAAGGGAAAAAUUUACCAACCUUCUGGAUGCCACACUGACUUACCCCAGCCAUUGCUGUGCUUUUAGAAACUUGCCAACAAAAGAGUAAGUAAAAAACAAAAGGUAGAGCCUGCCAAGCUGUGGCAGAAACAGAUUUCAAAACGGUCAACUGGUCAACAUCUUCCUGCCCCUUCACUCCCUGUUCUAGAUCAGCUCCACAGCCAUGGGGUCACUUUCAGAGAGACAGGAAGAAAAUAAGCCAUCCUGUUUCCUCCUGAAAACGGAUUCCAAACAGCUGAUUCACCCUGCAGCUACAAGACCUUUGUAGGCUAUUCUGGGCCAACAGAGUCAUAACCUUAAAUUAGGCUAUAAUUGCAGUUGCAUAAUGGAGUACAAAACUGACAUUGUAAGGAUCAAUUAGCUCUAAUCCUUAAUAGAGAGCAUC